UUAUUGAGGACAAGAGGCGGUGCAAAGGGCCAUCAGGACGAAAGCUGAGCAUAUUUAGAGGAAGGGAGGUGAGGAGCUGGAGCUACUGAAGUUUGGUGCUAGUCAAGAUGAAGUCCUAUGUGAUACUCUUGGCCUUUCUGCAGGCUCUGGGCUGCUCAGGAAUCCCAUUGUACAACUCUGAACUGGAGUCCAUGGCAAACAGGGGUCUUGGUGCAGCUCUGGCACAGGUGAACUCUGUGUACGCCGACAGCCAUCUCUACCGGGUCACUCGAGGUUCUGUCAGCAGGGUUAUUCCCAUGGGCCUGAACACGGUUGACCUGCUCAUGACAUUUGGCAUUAAAGAGACGGAGUGUCCAAAGGCCUCCACGAGCGACCCCCAGACAUGUGCCUUCAGACCGGGCUUCUUUGUGCCAACGUUUUCCUGCGUCAGUAGGGUCCGGAUGUUGGACACCUCGGCUCAGGUGGUUGCUCUCAGAUGCAGCCAUGACGGGAGCUCCAGCUCCAGCUCCAGCUCGUCUAGUGAGGAGAUCUUCUCGAGAGGGAGACACCAGUUAACCAUCCCAUUUGCAAAUAGAGCUCCGGCUCCUUCUGCACCUCCUCCUCCACCUGUCCAGCCUGGACGCUCCCUCCACAGCCAGACAGUGGAAGUCCAGCCCAGAGGGGACACUUUCAGCAACUUCCUGGUGUAGGUUCAACCUCAAAAUUCAGAUGCUUAUCAGUCAACAAACUUGAAUUAAAGAAAUACUUUGCA